AUGAUGCCGCAAACAACACAGAGGACUAUGUGCACCGGAUUGGCCGCACUGGCCGUGCUGGCUGCAAGGGCUUUGCCGUCACUUUCCUGGAUAGAAGAGCAGAUGCCGGCAAAGCGAAAGGCAUCAUGGAGGUCAUGCAGCGCACCAAUCAGCCCGUGCCCGCCGACCUGCGAGACAUGGUGCCCGGCCCAGGGAAUUCAAGUUCUUUGCCUUCCGAACAAACGGGGCCCUGUCCACGGGCUGAGCUGCAAUAUCUGCAAUCAUGUAGCCUUCUGA